AUGGCGGUUACUUUCUCAGAUCUGCACACAGAAGAGGGUGUCAAAUCCGUGGAGGAGCACCUCGCCGGAAAAACCUACAUCUCCGGGGAUCAGCUUUCUGUGGAUGAUGUGAAGGUUUACGCUGCCGUUUUGGAGAAACCCGGCGAUUCCUUCCCAAAUGCUAGCAAGUGGUACGAAUCAGUCGCUUCUCAACUUGCUAAAAGUUUCCCCGGAAAAGCUGUCGGAGUGAGAAUCGGUGCUGGUGCUGCUGCUCCAGCUGAAGCCGUUCAGACUGAGGCACCUGCAUCUGCUGAAGAUGAUGAUGACAUGGAUCUCUUUGGUGAUGAGACCGAGGAGGAAAAGAAAGCCAAUGAGGAGAGGGAGGCUGCUAAGAAGGACACCAAGAAGCCUAAAGAGAGUGGAAAGUCCUCUAUACUCAUGGAAGUUAAGCCAUGGGAUGAUGAGACCGACAUGAAGAAACUGGAGGAAUGUGUUCGCAGUGUUGAUAUGCCCGGUCUUUUAUGGGGAGCUUCAAAACUGGUACCAGUUGGUUACGGGAUUAAGAAACUCACGAUUAUGCUCACGAUUGUUGAUGACCUCGUGUCCCCGGACAACCUCAUUGAAGACUUCCUCACCUCAGAGCCUAACAACGAGUACAUCCAGAGUGUUGACAUUGUCGCAUUCAACAAGAUUUAG